AUGAUCUGUCAGGUGACGUUGUCUUUGUCUCCCUGGCUUCCCACAACACAACCACUAUCCAUUCCCGAUGAGUCUCUGAGUGAGCGAGCUUCGACAACCCACCCUCGACAAGUCAACCAUCAAUCCGUCAAAAUGGUCAAGAAGCGGGCGAACAACGGUCGCAACAAGAAUGGCCGCGGCCACGUCAAGCCGGUGCGCUGCUCCAACUGCGCCCGCUGCGUUCCCAAGGACAAGGCUAUCAAGCGGUUCACCAUCCGCAACAUGGUUGAGUCUGCUGCCAUCCGUGAUAUCUCCGAUGCCUCCGUCUUCGCCGAGUACGCCGUCCCCAAGAUGUACCUGAAGCUCCAGUACUGUGUGUCCUGCGCUAUUCACGGCAAGAUCGUUCGUGUCCGUUCCCGCGAAGGCCGCCGCAACCGUGCUCCCCCUCCCCGUAUCCGCUACAACAAGGACGGAAAGAAGUUGACUCCCCCCCAGGCUGGCAAGGCCAACUAA